UGAACAGCCGGAUGAUAAGGGAAGCAUAGAUUUUCUAAGGAAAGUAUAAAAGCCUUUCCCUAAAGUUCAAACCUUGUACAAACCGCACCCAUAUCAUACUGCACUUUCUUUGAGUCUCGCGGGCAAACAAACAAACGAAAAAGAAAAGAGAGAGAAGGAUUUCCAAACGAGCAAGACUUCCUUUCUCUCAAAAAUAUUUGAUUCGCUACACAUCCAUCAGAAGAGAAGAGAAGAGAAGAGAAAAGCAGGCCUCAAUCAAUCAAUGGAAUUAUUGAUAAUGGAUUUUUGCAGUAGUUCGAAGAAGGCGGCGUCGUCCUUAGCCCUAAUUGUCUUUCUAUCGUAUCUGCUUUCUUCUUCGUCAAAGUUAAUGUGCUCUGCAUCUUCAGAAAAGAAUAGGUCUUCUAUUGGAGGCGGGGGGUUGUUUUGGAGCACGGAAAAGGAGGAGGGAGAUUUCAGGAAGGCGGAGAUGGACAAUUCUCAGAAAAUCGAGGAGACCACCGAAGAACAAAUCAGUGGCGGGUUCUCUUCAUUGGAGGGCAUGUUACAGUGGGCAAUAGGCCAUUCUGAUCCAGCCAAGUUAAGAGAAACGGCAAAUGAUGCUCAACGCCUAAAUGAACUAAGGAAACGGCAAACAGAGAUAAAGGAAUUAAUGGAUAAAUUGAAAAUGCCAUCAGAUGCAGAAUUGAUGAAAGCAGCUAUAGCUGAUCUUAAUAAUUCUUCAUCAUCUUUGGAAGAUCGUCUGCAUGCUUUGAACACGUUGCUUGUUCUAGUUGAGCCAAUUGACAAUGCAAAUGAUCUGGAUAAACUUGGAGGCAUUGUCGCUGUCAUUUCUGAACUCUACAAUUCAGAACCUGAGAUCAGGACAACCUCUGCUUGGGUUUUGGGAAAAGCCAGUCAAAAUAAUCCACUUGUUCAGAAGCUGGUUCUUGAUCAUGGGGGGCUUCUGAAACUGAUGAAGAUGGUGAAGUCCAGCAAUUUAGAAGAGGCAACAAAGGCAUUGUAUGCAGUUUCAGCUCUUAUCAGCAACAAUUUCAAUGGCCAGGAACUUUUCUACGCACAAGCUGGAGAUCUUUUAUUGAUGGACAUUAUGAGCAAUUCAAGUAGUGACAUCAGGCUUCUUCGAAAAUCUGUGUUUUUGGUAGCCGAUCUGGCUGAGAGUCAGUUACAAAGCAAGGAUGAACUAGUGCUUCCAUUCUUAGGCAAUCGGUUGUUCUUGAAAUCUGUGGUGGAUCUCACAACUUCAACUGACCUUGACCUAGAGGAGAAGACUUUAAUGGCUAUUAGGAGCCUUCUCCAACUCAGCACCACUGAGGCUCUGGUCUUUAAGGAUUUCUGCAAUCUGGGUGAAGCCCUCGAGAAGAUGAGACAGCAAUUUGAGAAGCUGUUAGCAGAUGAGGACCUGAGAGAGUAUGUUAGGGACAUCGAGGUUCUUCGCAGGGAAGUAGAGUUCAUUUUCAGUCAAAAGCUGGAAAAGGUGGUGUCUCGGGUGCCUACUUGAAAUGCAUGCCUUAUUUAUGCAUUGCAAUGCCGUGGAGCUGGCAUGAAAUGUUUUGGGUGAAGAAACCCAAACAUUUUCUACAACGACAUGUAUUCGUUAGCCUCCGGAUUCAGCUUUGAUGCAUCUGAAUUGAAGAUGGAAGGGGUUGUGAUUGUAUUCAUAUCUCAUAUUUUUGAAUUGGACUGAAUCCCAUGACGUCUGCUGUCUCUCUCUUUAACCUGUAUCUUUGACCUUAGUUCCCACAACAAUCGUGCGAAAUCGUAAUGUAAAUCAUGUCUGGUAAAGGAGUUGUAUGAGGAAAGCUUGUGAAAAUACUGUCUGGAGCAGUGGGUAAUUUUAAUCUAAUGUAGGGAGCCACAACAACAAGGGAUUUACAGCUCUAGUCCCAUUAUCUCAAAAACCUUCUUUACUGACAAAUAUCUAUUAUCAAUCGAGCUUGGUGCAAUCUUUUUGUGA